CUCCAUCUUCACCAUUAAUAUUCAUCAAGACUCUCAUUGGUGUAUUCUUAUGAUAUUCAUCUGUAAGUCAGUGCUGCUGCUGCUCCUUCCUGUUAGAUGAAGCUGGAGAAGAAGAUAGUGUUUGGACUCCGGAGAUCUAUUGGAACAGUGUGUUUGUUGCCGAAAACUGAUACAGAGACAAAGAAAAUGAGAGGAAAACCAAUUUCAGGGAAAGCCAUAUUGGCUCUUUGCAUUGUGAGCUUCCUUGCAGGAUCAUUCUUUGCAAAACGGAAGUGGAAUCAUGUGGCGGAAAAUAAAGAUUUUCGCCUUCCGGUAAUCCAAAAUCGCGUCAAGAAGCUUGGCCAGGCUUUGAGGAGUGACUGUGAUCACAAGUCUAGAAUGGCUGAAGCAUAUCCCGGAGAUAUUAUGGAAGAAGUCACAAAGACCCAUCAAGCCAUUCAAGAACUUGAUAAAACAAUUUCAACAUUAGAGAUGGAAUUAGCAGUGGCUCGUACAAGUGAAACAAGUAUCGUGGGUACAAAAGAAAGAGCCCCAAAAACCCUAAAGAAAGCAUUUGUUGUUAUUGGAAUUAACACUGCAUUCAGCAGCAAGAAAAGGAGAGACUCCCUUCGGGAAACAUGGAUGCCUAGAGGAGCUAAACUUAAGCAAUUAGAAGAAGAAAAGGGGAUAGUUAUUAGAUUUGUAAUUGGACAUAGUGCCACACCGGGUGGUGUCCUCGACCGAUCCAUCGAUGCAGAAGAUGCAGAACACAAGGAUUUCCUCCGACUCAAGCACAUUGAAGGUUACCAUGAACUCUCCACAAAGACAAGGUUGUACUUCUCUAUGGCCGUAACUAUGUGGGAUGCCGAUUUCUAUGUUAAAGUAGACGAUGAUAUCCAUCUCAAUUUGGGUAUGCUUGCAACUACGCUAUCAAGAUACCGGUCGAUACCAAGAAUUUAUAUUGGCUGCAUGAAGUCUGGUCCGGUUCUAUCAGAAAAGAGUGCGAAAUAUCAUGAGCCAGAAUUUUGGAAAUUUGGAGAGGAAGGGAACAAAUACUUCAGGCAUGCCACUGGUCAAAUUUAUGCCAUUUCUAAAGAUCUUGCUGCUUAUAUCUCUAUCAAUGCGCCUAUAUUGCAUAGAUACGCCAACGAGGAUGUCUCCCUAGGAUCAUGGCUCAUUGGUUUGGAGGUUGAACACGUUGAUGACCGUUCGAUGUGCUGUGGGACCCCUCCAGAUUGCGAAUGGAAAGCUCAAACGGGAAACGUGUGUGUGGCAUCAUUUGAUUGGUCAUGCAGUGGAAUAUGCAAAUCUGUGGAGCGUAUGAAAGACGUACACAACACAUGUGGAGAAGGAGAUGGAGCUGUUUGGAACGUUGAUCUUUUGACGAAGAGCUCAAAGAAGACCGUAUGAUGAAAGAACUUUUUUUUUUUUUUUUUUUUCAAUUUUUAUUACAAGAUGAAGAAACUACUUUUAUGCAAGAUAGAAGUUUGUCUAUCUCUUGAAUGUACUUAGAUCUUCAAAA